AUGGCUGCAGCAUUGAUCCUUUCAGGGUUGACCCUUGCUGGAGUGGUCCAAGCCCACAUUGCGGCUUUUGCGAAAGGGAUGUACUGCGAGAACGGUACAGAUCCUUCCAACCCGAAUUUCAACUCGAACGCUCCCGUGUCGCCGUUGUACAACCUUACCCAGGACCAAUGGUGGUUCCAACACGAUCGAGGCUGCGAUGGUGUCCCUCCUCCUCCCGGAGUCUUUCUUGAGUUACCUGCCGGCGGUUCCUUCGACGUGGAUCUUGCGAACAACCAAGCAUUCUCAAACCUAUCCUACGGUGGCUCAAAGACUUCAGAAUGGCCGGACGGUGGCUCUCACCCAGAAGACUGGAAUGGUGGCGGUGUUGGUGAAGGCUGUAUCCAAGAUGGCGGUUAUAUGCACGUCCAGAACCAGAGCAUGGCUCAGGGAACUGCUUUCGCUAUUGCAUAUGAAAGCGAUCUCGCCGCCAUCACGUUGGAGGACUUAGUUGUGUUUACUGUGCUAGAGCACACUCCCUGGAAACGGGCAGCAACCUACCAGGUUCCAGCAGCCAUGCCUGAAUGCCCUGAAGGUGGAUGCACUUGUGCUUGGCUCUGGGUGCCGAAGGGAUGUGGUCAGCCCAACAUCUAUAUGCAAGGCUUCAAAUGCAUUGUCACUGGUGCCACGUCCACAACUCCACUCGCGAAGGCUCAAGCACCCGUGAUGUGUGACACGGACCCUUCCAAAUGCGUUACAGGAGCAAAGCAAAUGAUCGUGUGGAACCAACUCACAGGAAACAACGUCGUGACAAGCGGCUCCCAGACGCCAGCCUAUAAUACACGUAACGGAUUCACGCCAGGUCCGCAGGAUGACAUUUUUGAAGGCGGCCCUUCUGUACCUGAGGGACCGGCGUCCUCUAUGACUUCUUCCAGUUCACUGUUCACCUCCACUACCGCGCCAGUAGGAACACAAGUACAACCCUCCUUGUGGACGACCAGCACUCCUCUCAUCUCGGGCUCUGCAGUUCCAUCCACAACCCUUCUCACCACAAGCUUCUCCCUGUCGCCGUGGACGACCUUGGCGACAGUGGUGAAGGCGGCCUCAACAACCGGCGACGCUGCUUCCGUUCCUGUUGCUCCGCAGUCUCCCAGCAUCGUGAGCUGGGGAGUCCCUUCUGGUGAAACACCUGAAACUGUGACCGUGAGUGUGACCGUCACUGUUUCUGCCGCCGUUUCGACGCCUACAGGCUUCAAACAUUACAAGGGAUGCUGGGUUGAGGAAGAAGACGAGUUGAACGGCUGA